CCGGUAAACAACACCGAAGAAGAAGAAGAAGUGUUUGUCGCUGUAUGAUUAGGCGGUAGGAAUUGUUUGGUCAAAAUCCCCAGUCAAAUAGAAAAUUAUUAUUAUUUUUUUUACUAAUAAAAACAUGACCAUGGCUUCUGUGUUGGAUGCACUGUGGGAGGACAGAGAUGUUAGAUUUGACAUUACCCCGCAGCAAAUGAAAAUGAGACCUGGUGAAGUCCUGAUAGACUGCCUGGAUUCCAUUGAAGAUACCAAAGGGAACAAUGGAGACAGAGGCAGGCUACUGGUGACCAAUUUAAGAAUAAUCUGGCAUUCCAUGGCUUUGCCCAGAGUCAAUUUGUCUGUAGGAUACAAUUCCAUCAUCAACAUCACAACAAGGACUGCAAACUCGAAACUUAGAGGACAGACUGAAGCAUUGUACAUCCUGACCAAGUGUCUUAAUACCAGAUUUGAAUUCAUUUUCACCAAUGUGGUUCCUGGAAGCCCAAGAUUGUUCACAUCUGUCAUUGCAGUCCACAGGGCUUAUGAAACCUCCAAAAUGUACCGUGACCUGAAACUAAGAGGAGCUCUCAUUCAGAAUAAGCAGCUGAGACUGUUGCCACAAGAACAAGUGUAUGACAAAAUAAACGGAGUGUGGAAUCUAUCCAGUGACCAGGGAAACCUGGGAACAUUCUUUAUCACCAAUGUGAGAAUUGUGUGGCAUGCCAACAUGAAUGAGAGCUUCAAUGUCAGCAUACCUUACCUCCAGAUUCGUUCCAUCAGGAUUAGGGACUCAAAGUUUGGACUGGCACUGGUGAUUGAGAGUUCUCAGCAGACAGGAGGAUAUGUACUUGGCUUCAAGAUUGACCCUAUGGAGAAACUACAGGAUGCAGUGAAAGAGAUUAACUCUCUCCACAAGGUUUACUCUGCAAGUCCCAUCUUUGGAGUGGACUAUGAGAUGGAGGAAAAGCCUCAACCAUUAGAGGAGCUGACAGUGGAACAGCUUCCUGAUGAUAUGGAAAUAGAGCCAGAUGAGCAAACUGAUGCCUUCACAGCAUACUUUGCUGAUGGCAACAAGCAACAAGACCGGGAACCUGUGUUUUCUGAAGAGCUUGGCAUAGCCAUCGAGAAGCUGAAAGAUGGCUUUAAUCUUCAAGGGCUCUGGGAAGUUAUGGGUUGUUAAUUUGAGAAGUCUUACUUUCAUAUAAUGACAUUGUAUGAUUAGUGUAGUAAUUUAAUGUUCAUGAGUUAUUGCCUCAUUGGUAGGUAGAGUAAUUUAAUGUUUGUGAGUUAUUGCAUGCAUUUGGUGAAAUAGGAAUAUACAUAACUGUAUGUUGUUGUAGUGUGUUUUUUACUGAGUAUCUCAUUCUGUUAGCAGUAGUAAACAUUUAAUCAGUGUUUGUAGACUUUAUGGCUAGACUUAUUUGUCCUGUAAAUUUCACUUGAGGAAAAAAUAUGUAUAAACCAAAUGUUAUGUAUUAGGCUUUAUAUAGCAAGACAUUGUUUAUGUACAAUGUUGCAAUUCAUUGUUAAGUUUUAAAUGAUACAAUUGUUGAAAAACUAGUGGGGUUUUUGCUUUGAAAAUGUUUUUGUCAAUGACACACAGGUGAGUGAAAUUGUUUGAAAAGGGAAAAGAGCUGUGAUUCCACAUGAACAGUGAUCCAGGUACUAUUUACAAAUUUGCCGAAGGCUGAAGGAUUUUUUUAUACAAAUAAGAAAAGGUCAUUUGUUGGACAUCUGACCUGACCUAUGAAGAUGCCAAAACUUAAUUCUAUAUUUCAUAUUAUUGGAUGUCAGAUCAUGGACAUGAAUGAAUCAAGGACUAAUGUCAUAUGGUAAUGUAUUUGAUGCUUUGAGGUAGAUGGUGGCUUACAAAUAGCAUACCCCUCCCCCACUGCUCCACAUCAACAUCUUUAUGGCAGUUUCCCAAUCUUAUGGAAUAAAAAUUUAAAUAACAAUAAAAAGCUUGUGUUUGGAACAAAA